AUGUCGACCCAGCGACAAGUUCCCGCGAACCCGGCCGACGCCGGAGACGAGGCGCCGGCCCCAUCCUCGGCGGAGUCGUCGCUGUCAGUGCCGCUCUCCACUCGCAGCUCUGCGCUGCCCGUCGCGGUGCAGUUCCCGCUGGUGGUCGUCCUCAGUUUCUCCAUGGCGAGUCUAGGGUACAGCCUGCUUGGCGAGGUGACUAAGGGCGAGCUCGCUGCCGUCAGUCGCAGCCAGGAUACGUGGGAGGAGGUGGGCUUGUUGGCGGGGUGGCGAGGAAUCCAGUUGGCGUUAGGAUGGUUUGGCAAGCUUGAUAGCUUGGAUAUUGCCAUGUUGGAUCUGCUGUCGCAUGGCCCUCACUUUUACCUCCUCUCGACCUUUUACAACCUCAGCCCGUCGACGGCGCUUUAUGCUCUACUCAUUGACAUGGCCUCGGUCGCCGCACCCUUCUACCUGCUCCGCCCGCUCUCCGCCGUGCAUACACCCUCAGCCGCGGCUAAGCUCCCCAACCGCGAGCUCCUCGACGUGGCGCUUCAGCUGUACACGGCGGCGCUAUCGACUGGAAUCUACUCGGUCGUCCUGGUCCUAUCGAUGCACUUCAUCCUGCCUCGCGUCCUCGUCGUCUACUUCGCCAACCUGCCCACCAUCGAGCCUGCGUACGCCGCCUCUUACACCUCCAUCCUACCCGUGACGGCAGUCUUCGGCAUCGCGGCCAGCACCUUCAUCUUUGCGCCGUUCGCGACGACCGGCCACGUCAAGGAGGACGACAAAGUCGCUGCAUUUGAUCCCGUCGAGGCGUCGCUUGGGGAGACGGUCUGGUGGAACGCUUGGGGCUAUACGGCCAAGACCAAGGUGGUCAUUCGGCGCACGGCGGUGGCCGUGCUCGUGUCCGCCGUCAACACGUACCUCGCCAGCUCCAAGACGGUGUACGGUGUCGAGCCACUGGGUGCCGCUGCCUACGCGGGCGUCUGGGCGUUUGCAGCCCUAUGCUCAGGCGUCGGGCUGGGCUUCGUCGGCGGCGAGUGA